AUGGAGGAGCUGUUCAUCCCCAUGGGAUCAAGAGGCCAAGGUGAGACAGGGGAGGACCAAAGCAUGAAGGAGAAUGAGAACAAGGCUGAAAUAUUCCAGACUUUGAGGAAAUGGUCAGGGUACCUGCCCCAAGUCAGCCUCGGUUUUGUGCAGUUUCUCCUCUCUAUGAGCCUCUUCCUUCUCCUGGUGGCCAUCCUGGUUCAGAUCUCCAAUGUCCACCAAUCUCUACAGAGCUGUAUUUGGGACAAUCAGAGGAACCGGGUUUCAGUUGAGACUCCAAAGAAGGAGGUGCUGACAAAGCUGGCUGUGCUGGGCCCGCAGCUGGCCAGGCUCAGUGACUCCCUGGGAAGGCUCUGCCAACACUGCCCCUGGGGUUGGGAGCUGUUCCAGGGCAGCUGUUACUGGUUCUCUAGAUCUCAGAACACCUGGAAAUCGUCCAUCUCUGCUUGUCAGCGCAUGAACGCCCAGCUGGUGGUGAUCAACAGUGAGGAAGAGGAGAUAUUCCUCCAGUCUUGGGAAAUCAGGCACGAGAAGAGAACCUGGAUCGGCCUCAGCGACCAUCACAAUGAGGGGUCCUGGCAGUGGGUGGACGGCUCACAUUUCAAUAUCAGCUUCUGGAAGCCAGGAGAACCUAACAAUGAUUCUGAUGAGGACUGCGUGGAAUUGUACAACGAUGGCUGGAAUGACGACAGGUGUCUUAAAAGCAAAGCUUGGAUCUGUGAGAAGCGCUGGAAUCCCUGCCCUAACUUUUAG